AUGUUCAUUUCGACGUUUAGUUCGCAAAGUAUGUGUGAAGUAUCGAUCAGUCCCUUACAGCGACUGUGCGUUAAUUUUGGUGUCUAUGUACAGCUGAAUUGUUUUAGGCUUCACUGAUUCUUGUCUGAGAAUUCUCUUUGCUCAGGACUUGCUUGUAAAAGGAAAAUUGUAGAAA